AUGUCGAAAAAGGACAAUAAUGGUGUUGCCGCAUCUCGAAAACAUGUGGGUGAAAGUAAUAUCGAACGAGAAGGCGCCAGCGGCGAGACUUCUGAUACAGACACUCUAUCAUCACAGACAACACCACAAUCGACGACACCACCAACGCCUGGAGAAGUAGAUAUCGAGAUGCCAGAUGCUGCUGCAGAACAUCAGACAAAUCUAUCCACUGCGAUUACUACAAAUUCACAUUUAGCCGCGAUUGCAUCUACGCCGCUUUGGCGUCGAACACCCGAUAGAAUGCAUUCGCUGUGUAAUGCAUGUGGUCUUUAUUAUAAACAGUAUAGUACCCAUAGGCCUUUGCAUAUUAUACACAAGACCAGACCACCAUCUCGACCAUAUCCUCCUUAUAUUUUACCAGCUGAGAAACAAAGACAGCAUCAAAAAUCGGUGGAGAUGCAAAUGAAUCAACAACAAUUGCAAGAAGAAGCACAACCUCUAUUACAAUUACUCCCGCAAAUACAACCUUUCUUGCAACUUUUACCUCAAAUGCAAGCGCAACAUGAACAACAAAUGGCACAAAAUCAGCAGCAACAACAAAUACAACAAUUUAAAGGACAACAACAGCAACAAGAACCACAAAUUAAACAAGAGCAAAAAGAUCAAGACAUGCAAGAUCAUCAGAAUCAAGAACAACAAGAAGAACCAUUACAUCCGCCGAAAGAAGAACCUAUCGACAAUAAUAUAAAUCAUGUUUCAGAUAGUUCAACGACUGUCACUGAAAUACCUGUUCAUUGUAAUAAUUGCGGUCAGACUCAAACGCCGUUAUGGCGAAAAAACGAGCGAGGACAACCAUUAUGUAAUGCAUGCGGAUUAUAUGCAAAAAUGCAUAAUCGAGACCGACCAAUUGCUAUGCGAAAAUCGAAAAUUCAGCGUAGACGUCGUGACUGGGGUUCCAAUUUUAGUAGUCCUGAUCCAAAUGCAAGUAACCUUGAGGGGUCAGGAUCCGAAGAAAUAUCCGCUGAUUCUAAUCCUCAUAGUCCAUCCAUGUCACCGUCACCACUUAGUCAUUCACAGCGUCCUAUUGCAUCCCUUGCAUUAUCUCUUGCUCCGGCAUUGUUAACUCUGGCGGACGCUGCUACAAGUCAGCAAGAGCAGCAAGAACAAAAAGAUCAUUUGGAGCAAAAAGAGAAACAAGAAGCACAGGAACUAGCACAAAAAGAACUAAUGAAACCUGAAGCUCUUGUCGCACUUGAAUCUUUAAUAUCCAUGGCUCCUCAAUCAAAUGAGCAAUACGGAACACAAAACUCGAUGAUUGCAUCCGCGUCAGAUUCUGCACUGAAAACAAGUAAUUUAGUGCCCAUUGCACCCCAAACUAAUGGCACAACUGCUGCUACUGCCAAUCAACCUUACAUGCCACCACCGUUUGAUUUUUAUGAUGAAUCAAGUUUUAUGGCAUUAGUCGAGAAGAUGACUCGAAAACAAGUAGAAGAAUUUCUUGCAGUUAUGGAACGACGAUGUGAAAUUCUAAAAACUGUGUUGAAAAAAGAAGCUGAAUCAUCGUCAACUUGA